UGACGUCAGUGCCUUUAAGAUCAGCUGGCUACAUUAAAGUUAGACCCUUUAGUUUGCAUUGUCCCUUUAAUAUAUCACGGCAAGUAGUAUACCCCUUUAAUUUAUCAAGGCAGGUGGCGUUUCCUUUAUGGACUAUCUGAACUUUGACCCAUUGCCCACAGCCAACCUGGGUACCAGCAGACCUAAUCCUCCGGUGACCUUAAACAAAAAAGCUUAAUCUAAACAAGAUUGUUGGCUAUUGGUUCAACAUUGUAUAACGUGUUCAAGUGUUCGCAAGCAGUAGCAAUUGAGCUGAUGUAUUGCUAUGAAGGAAUAGGAACAGAGGAGAGAUGUACAAGAUACAGAAUCUGAAGCAAUGACACAAUGAAACCCGAGCUGAGUUUAUUGGCGUUCAGCAUUUAUCUCUCCCUCCGAGGGUUUGCAAGCGCUACCCUUGCUCCAUGCAUCAAAGUUGAUGACUGCUCCUGCAGAGUCACAACUGAUGAAGGGGAGCAUGAAAUAAACAUCCGAAGCUUGGGCCUGGAGGAUCAAAAUCAAGCGCCAAGGUUUGGGUUUAAGCAGUAUAAUCCUUCAGAGCCAUGGGAGUAUGCUUAUAAUCCAUGCUAUGCCUGGUCAGAUGGAACAGCCAACUGCCAAGAUGUUGUUGUUUGCCAAAGAUCAAGUACGCGUCAUAAUGACACCUUUGGGUUAGGGGAUGCAGCCGCAAACUGGACAGACGAUGGAACACACUACUACAUUGUACAUAGCCACACAACAAGGACAACUUUUAUUGAGUUGCGCUGUGAUGUCAGUGCCACCACACCCAAGUUUGACUAUUACAAAGACCAAUCCAAUGAAUAUACCUUCACACUAACAUCAGCGUGUGCCUGCCCUGGUGUGUGUGAAGCCUCACCAACUGUUGCACCCCGGCCUAACCCGCCCGGUACUCUCAGCGUUGGUUCUGUCCUCUGCAUUAUAGUAUUAGUUGUUGUGGUCGUCUAUCUAGUUGGCGGUGUUAUGUACAAGAAGUUUGUCCGCAAAGCCGAGGGGAUGGAGGUCAUACCAAAUAGAGAAAUCUGGACUGGUUUGUUUAUCAACAUCAGGGAUGGUUGUGUCUUUAUUUUCUCUUGUGGAAGGAGAUCCAGUGUUCCAUAUGCAAGAGCUGGUCAGCAAACUAUUGAAUAUAGAGAAUUAGCUGUGCUUGUUUACAUGUACAGGUACUUCCUUGAAUUUUGGAAGGAGGCAAUUUUCCCAAGCUUCACCAUGGGCUGGGCAUUAGUGAUUUAUGUUGCUUGUGUGUUGCUCCGAGAGCUUGCCUAUGGUGCAGUCACCCCAUGUGAAAAAGUUGACGACUGCUCCUGCAAGCUGCAGAAUUCAGACAAGCAAAUUAACAUUCGAUCUUUAGGCUACAGCGAUAAAUCGGCGCCAAGGUUUGGGUUUAAACGUUACGAUAUUGGUUUUGAUUGGGAGUAUGCAUACAAUCCAUGCUAUCCGUGGUCAGAUGGCACAAACAGCUGCAAGAGCGUUGUUGGCUGCCAAAGAAUAUACAAUAACCAUAGCGCUACCUACGACAUUGCAGAUGUCACUGCAACAUGGAUGAACGACGGGAGCUUCUAUUACAUUAAGUAUUCACAUGGACCAAGGAUCACUGUUGUCAUGUUGGAUUGUGAUGCAACUGCCAAGACACCUACACUUGGGUUGAACAUACAAAAGACUAAUUUUUAUAACUUUACCCUAACAUCUGAGUGUUGCUGUCCUGGUACGUGCAACCCCCCUGGUAUUAGUGCUGGCUCUGUAAUCUGUAUAAUAGCAAGUGUGUUGAUAGUCGUUUACCUUAUCGGUGGUGUGCUCUUCAUGAAGUUUGUGCGGCAUGCCGAGGGGUCGGAGUUGAUACCCAACAAAGAAAUCUGGGUCGGUCUGUUUGGUUACAUUAAGGAAGGAUUUAUAUUUGUCUUCACUUGCGGCAAGACACCUGGAUACACUACUUUCUAUCCUGCUAAAUAUUUAGAAGCAUGCAACGCAGUUGAUGAUUGCUCUUGUAAGUUAUCAGAUGGCAAAGAGAUCAACAUACGAUCUUUGGGUAGUCAAGGCGGCACUACUCCAAGGUUUCCAUAUGAGUUAGCGGGAUCAUGGAAGUAUGCAUACAAUCCAUGCUAUCCUUGGUCAGAUACUACUUCUUGUCAAAAUGUUGCUGCUUGCCAGGAAGGAGACCCUGACCCUACUGAGAAAUAUGCCAUCGGCGAUGCCACACCAGCAACGUGGACACAAGAAAACAAUAAAUAUGUUGUUAAGUAUUCCAGCACUGGAGGUGGCAAAACACGGACGUCAGUGGUGGUACUUGCAUGUGAUACAUCUGCAACUGAACCCAAGUUAGAAAGACUGGGCUCCAAACCUGAUCCGCAGGAUCCAGACACUACGUUAUAUGAUUUUAUUCUGACAUCCAAGUGUUGCUGCCCAGGUGAAUGUGGUUCCGUUGGCCCAACCAAACCUGCUCACACAACUAAGCAUGCUCACCCAACUAAGCCCCAUCCUGCUGCAGGAGGCAUCAGCAUAGGAUCUGUCAUGUGUAUCAUAGUGUCUGUACUAAUAAUUGUUUAUGUAGUCGCCGGUGUGCUCUUCAUGAAGUUUGUACGCCACGCAGAGGGGAUGGAGAUAAUACCCAACAGGAACAUCUGGGGUGGUCUGUUUCGCAGCAUACGGUGCCAACUGGAUUAUAAUUCCUCCCUGAUUUUUCCAAAUUGUUCCCCAAUCAUGGGUUUGUACAGGACUCGGACACUUUCUUGGAUGAUUUCAUAUAUGUUUCUGAUUAGUGUGUGUUGCGCAGCUUUAGAUGAAUGCAAGAAAGUUGAUGAUUGCUCUUGUAAAUUACCAGACGGCAAAGAGAUCGACAUACGAUCUUUGGGUUAUAAAGGCACCAGUGCUCCAAGGUUUAAAUAUCAGUUAUCGGGAUCAUGGAAUUAUGCAUACAAUCCAUGCUAUCCUUGGUCCGAUACUAGCGCUUGUCAAAAUGUUGCUGCUUGCCAGAAAGGAACCACACCCCCAAUUGAGAGAUUUGCCAUCGGCAGUGCCACACCAGCAACGUGGAAAAUAGAAAAGAAUAAUUAUGUUGUUGAGUAUUCCACCGUCGCAGGUGGACAUACACGGACAUCAGUGGUGAAGCUUACAUGUGAUCAAGCUAAAACUGACCCUGCUCUGGCAGCACAGGGCUCUAGAUCUGAUCCAAAGUUUCCAGACACUACUUUUUAUGAUUUUGAGCUGACAUCCAAGUGUUGCUGCCCCGGUGGAUGCGCUUCCGUUACCCCUACCAAGCACAGUCCUAGCUCUGGCGGCAUCAGUGUAGGAUCUGUCUUGUGCAUCAUAGUGGCUGUGCUAAUAGUUGUUUAUCUGAUCGGCGGUGUGCUCUUCAUGAAGUUUGUACGCCAUGCGGAGGGGAGGGAGAUAAUACCCAAUAGUGACAUCUGGGCUGGUCUACCUGGAAAUAUAAAGGAUGGCUUUAUGUUUGUCUUCACUUGUGGAAAGAAUUCUGGAUACGACACUAUGAAAUAGUCACAAUUUGUUUUUAUAUAUAUGUGCGCACUUUAAGGUCAGAAAACACUACACCUUUUUUUAUUUCAGUGAUUUCUUUUUCAUCGUUUUUAGUGUACAUGUAUAUGUGCUUCUUUUUUAGAGAGAGUGCAUCGGUAAUUUUUCCAGAACCUUUCUGGAAGACUGUAAUAAAACUGAAGCAUAUCAUUUAGUUGUCUUCAUUUUCAUCAGUUUCGUUUAAAUGAUAAUUGUCAUGAAGGGUUUCAUUCUUUCUAAAACAGUUCAUAUCCGACAGGAAAAUCUCUUCGGAAAAAAAAAAUUAAAAAGGAAGAGGUCCUCCUAAGUUCCCAACAUUUUCAUGGGAGUUGAGCAUGUUGAAGUGUACUGCAAAAUAGGAUUGUGUAAUCCAAUUGUUUGAGGACUUUUUAAGUUAGAUUAAAUGUUGCAAACUUCAAUAUUGAGAUUGGUUAUGUAGAAGUAGAGGGGAUCUUAUAAAAUACUACUCUCUGUAGUAAACGUGUUGAUGAUUGAA